AGCAUAGCUGCCAUCAUAGACGUUAGCCUCGGCCCUUGGCGGCGACUCAUCGUCCCCAAACAAAAGUGAUUGAAACGCAACUAUAAAUGGAGGUGUCGCCCUGUGAUCUUCUCCCACCAACUACACACCAGUUACUGAUAAGUGAUUAACCAACCAACCAACAAAUCAUGGCUUUCUCUCUCCGAUUCAUGCUCUUCUUAUCUUCUCUCUUCCUCGCUUCUUCUAUCUCCGAUGCAAAACACUACUCCUCCUACCGCCCCAAGGCCCUUGUUCUUCCAAUCUCCAAAGAUGCUUCCACACUACAAUAUGUAACCAGUAUCAAUCAGAGGACACCACUCGUGUCCGUCAAAGUCGUCGUGGAUUUGGGAGGUCAGUCCCUCUGGGUUGAUUGCGAUCAAACCUACCACUCAUCCUCCUACCGCCCCGCCCGUUGCCACUCUUCCCAGUGCUCCCUCGCUAAGUCCCGCUCCUGCACCCAAUGCUACUUAGCUCCUCAUUUUAGGCCCGGUUGCAACAACAACACCUGCGAUAUCUUCGUUGAGAACACCCUCACUCACACUGCCUCUGGUGGAAACCUUGGGGAUGAUGUGGUCUCCAUCCAAUCCACCGAUGGAUCCAACCCAGGUCGUGUCGUCACCGUAUCUCAAUUCCUCUUCGCCUGCGAUACCACCACUCUCUCCCAAGGCCUCGCGAAGGGCGCCAAGGGAAUAGCCGGAUUAGGUCGCAGCCACAUCUCUUUACCUUCUCAGUUCUCCGCCGCUUUUAGCUUCCCCAAGAAAUUCGCAAUCUGUCUCUCCUCCUCCUCCACCUCCACCUCAUCGAACGGUGUCUUAUUCUUCGGUAAUGGGCCCUACAAAUUCCUCCCGGACGUUGAUGCCUCCACCAUUCUCAUCUACACCAAGCUCUUCAUCAACCCCGUCAGCACCUCAAUGCUUUAUUUCACAGGUGAUGCUUCGGUGGAGUACUUCAUCGGAGUCAACUCCAUCAAAGUCAACGACAAGGCCGUGUCUCUAAAUACAUCCUUGUUGUCCAUCGACAGUAGCAAUGGUUACGGUGGGACCAAGAUCAGCACCGUCGAUCCCUACACCGUGAUGGAGACCUCCAUAUACAAGGCCGUGACACAGGCUUUCAUUGAGGCUGCUGCUUCCAUGAAAAUCACUAGGGUUUCGGCAGUGUCACCUUUUGGUCUGUGCUUCAGCUCCAAGAGCAUCCACGGCACUCGAGGAGGAGCGGCGGUGCCGACGAUCGAUCUGGUGCUGGAGAGUGAGAGCGUGUACUGGAGGAUAUUCGGGGCAAACUCGAUGGUGGAGGUGAGCAACGAUGUGCUCUGUCUUGGGUUCGUCGAUGGAGGAUACAACCCUAGGACAUCUAUAGUGAUAGGUGGGUAUCAGCUGGAGGACAACCUUCUACAGUUCGAUCUGGCCAACUCCAGGCUUGGGUUCAGUUCGUCUCUUCUCUUCAGCGAAACCACUUGCGCCAAUUUCAACUUCACUUCCACUGCUUGAUCAAUAAUUAAUUAUUUCAAUUCAACUAUAACUGGUACGGACCAUAAUGUAAUUUCAACAAAGUUGAAUAAACGGCCAAUAAAAUAAUAAUUGGUAUUGGCCCUUAUGUUUGUAUUGAUGUUGAUGUAGUAAACUCUGAUUGCCAAUAAAAUUCCGUCAUUCAAAUAUGAUCGGAUAAGAUUA